AUGGCAUCGGCAGACUUGACCGAAUACGUGACGCUCAUAUCAUCUGACGGGUACAGCUUCGUCGUCCGGAGACCAGCGGCGUGUAUCAGCGACGCCAUUAAACGCAUGCUAGAUCCACAGAGUACACUUACGCUUCCUUUCCGGACUAUCGGUGCUCACGAACUGACAGGCCGCAGAUGGUUUCAUGGAAUCCAAGACGAACACCUGCAGAUUCGAUAAUAUCAAGUGAGACCAGCGAUUGUCGGGUCAGGAGAGUUGCUGACGACGACAUUGGAACAGCGGCAUUAUACUCGAGAAAGUCUGCGAGUACCUCUACUACAACGAAAAGCACAAGGACGCCAAGGACGUAGCGGAUAUGGAACUACCGACAGAGCUGUCUCUGGAGCUGUUGAUGGCGGCUGAUUACCUCAAUGUCUGA